CUCUUAUGACAUGUCCUCGUCAGGAAGACCUUUGUGCAACGCCAAGGAAAGCGUAUGCGAACAACUGGUAUCGACUKGGCUCAUUUGAAUAUGAAAAUAUCAAGUCAAGAAAAAAUUGGGAAGAAGCAAACAGCUCUUGUUCUGAAAAAGGUGGMGCUCUGGCGUCCAUUGAUAGCGACCAAGAACUUCGUUUUAUUACUGAAGUAUUCCUGAAAUCUCCUGUUACAGUUGUAGAUGCAAUGGAUCGUCUCAAACCAGAGUUYUACUGGAAACUCGACGGAAGCGAUAAAGAUAUCGUUUUGCACGGUGAUGCUGAAUUCCGAAAUGCUAAUAAAAAAUCCACUGCUGCCCUAAGACUCAAAGGCACCGCAGACUCAUAUGCUACAACACCAGUUAUUGAUAUCAAGUCGACAAGUUUUACGAUCACAUUAUGGGUCAGGUUUGAAGGGUUUUAUGGAGGUCAUACUAAGGGACAUUUGUUUAGCUACUGGGAUGAAGACGCCCUGAUUGGUAAAAUAUUCCUUGAGAGUUCGUCAUCUGGCAUUAUCGUUAUAAAGGCGUAUUUCGAAAUGGCGCAGCUAGGGACAUUACAAGGAGGGGAUGUUAAGGCCAGGAAUUGGUAUCACAUUGCAUUCAAAUGGAACAGAUCGAGCAAAGUAGCAAAAUUGUUCCAAAAUGGUGUCAAAGUUGCUGAGAAAGUUUCAACAUCUUCUGGAGACUUGGAUCUACCUGCCAACUCUAUCCGAAGUUUUGAUAUUGGCUACAAGCGUGAUGCCAAACGUGGCAUCAUUGCUAAGAUUGCCAGACUUGCUGUUUUCACUCGUUCAUUGUCUGCUAGCAACAUCGACAUGAUAUACAACACACCAAAAUUCAAUGACAACUUCCUGUUUUAUGAAAAGUGGAUCGGCAAGAAGCAUGCGCACACUGACUUUAACGACCAACUUGUCGAUCAAAACAGCACCUGCGUGUCCGUGAGGGCCAGGGAACCAUAUGGCAAAAUGGAUAAAAUAGACUGCGAUUCUACAAUGGAAUUCAUUUGUAAAAAAACGGUAUAACUGGUUAUAGCAAGUCACGGCCACUUYGGGAGUUGGUCCAAUCGUAAGGGACAAAUUACGAGCCAUGUGGGAUAGCCUUAUAAAAGAUACGAACAURYGUAUUGGGUAGAUAAUUACAAUCCAUGUGGGAUACACAAUGGUAUGAUUUAAGCGAAUAGAGMAUAACAAACUGAGCAUGUGCAGUGGCUAGAUUCCUAGAAUUAAUACACAUUCAUACGGUAAAAAGUCAAUCAAAGUAAUUUUCACAUAUUUAUUUAUCAU